UGGCAGUGAGCUGGAGCGAGAUGAAAACAGCACGGAAACGCUUGACAAAGAACAGUGUUCGGGCUAUGCUAGCAGCAGAGGAGACUGUGCUGGGGGAUACAGAAAGGCCACGGAGGAACAGAGAUGAGCAAGGCAGAUCUGCUGCCGGAUGGCUGCGGGAGCCCUCGCAGCCCAGGCAGGAGCUCGGCGGGCUGGAAGCGCUGCAGACGGCCGGGCAGCUCUGAUCCUUCUCCCACGAUGAUGGAGAACAAAGUGUUCCUGUCAUUUGCGUUCUACAGCACGAUCCUGAUUGUAAAAAUGUACGUUGUUGCCAUCAUUACGGGGCAAGUGAGACUCAGAAAGAAGGCAUUCGCCAAUCCCGAGGACGCGCUGCGCAACGGGGGGCUGCAGUACUACCGCCAGGACCCCGACGUGGAGCGCUGCCGCAGGGCGCACCGCAAUGACAUGGAGAACAUCUUCCCCUUCCUCUUCCUCGGGGCCAUCUACUCCCUGCUGGAGCCCAGCCCCGCAGUAGCCAGGCUCCACUUCUUCGUCUUCUGCGCGGGGCGCAUGGUGCACACCGUGGCUUACCUCCUGCGGCUCAAGGCGCCCACGCGCUCCGUGGCCUACAGCGUGGCGCAGCUGCCCUGCUUCUCCAUGGCUCUGCAGAUCCUCCUCGCCGCCGCCCCGUAUUGGUAACGCCCAACAAGACCGGCCACCCAAA